AUGCCGAAGGGGCGGCGCGGCAGCCACAGCCCCACGAUGAGCCAGCGGCCGGCCCCGCCCCUCUACUUCCCGUCCCUCUACGACCGGGGCAUCUCCGCGUCCCCGCUCAGCGACAUCAACAUCUGGAAGAAGCUCUUCGUGCCGCUGAGGACCAGUGGGACCCCGGCGGGGGCGGCGGCGGCGGCGGGGGGCCGGCCCCUGCCGCCCCAGGCGCCCUCGGCCCCCGCACCGCCGCCCGGCCUGGGGCUCCCCGCCGAGUGCCCCUGGCCUCCUCCCUGGCCCCCCGGCCUGGCCCCCAUCCCCUACGAGCCUCUGCGCUUCUUCUACUCGCCGCUGCCGGGGUCCGAGGUGGCUGCCUCGCCCCUGGGCCCCGGCUCCCCGGCCCCCCGGCUCGCCUCGGGCUCCCACCCCGAGGAGCUGUGCGAGCUGGAGAUCCGGAUUAAGGAGCUGGAGCUGCUCACCAUCACUGGCGACGGCUUCGACUCCCAGCGCUAUAAAUUCCUGAAGGCGCUGAAAGAUGAAAAGUUACAAGGACUGAAGACUGGGUCGCCUGGAAAGAAGUCAGCCUCUCCUUGCUGAGGCGCCGUCCCCGAGCCCCGCCCCAACCCCAAACUUGUUAGCUACCUGCUUAGCUGUUAGAGUACUUAGAUAACAUGUCCCGCUUACUGUUCUUUUCAAA